CGCUGUCCUAGGAGGCUGAGGCGAGAGGUAGCUGUCCGGGUGGGAAACCCGCACUACCUUCUUCCUCUUCCUCCUCUGAGUGAAGGGGGGCGAAGGUUGGGGCCCCCACCCCAUGGACCGGGAGGAGGCAGAGGCUGCCGAGAGUCGGGGCCCCGCUGUGCGGCCCUGAGCCCCGUGUACUGGUCUCACUUAUCUGGAAGACCAUGGGGAAGGCCUUGGCAGUCAAGCCAGGCCCUGCUUCCUGGAUUUUAUCAAGCUACUGUUGGCAGCCACCCGUGAGGUGGUUGAGAAGUCUGUACCUGUUUUACACCUGUUUCUGCUUCAGUACUAUGCCAUUGCCAACAGAUGCCAGUGAGAGCAGGUGCCAGCAGGGGAAGACACAAUUUGGAGUUGGCCUGAGAUCUGGGGGAGAAAAUCACCUCCGGCUUCUUGAAGGAACCCCCACUCUCCAGUCAUGUCGGGCUGCCUGCUGUCAGGACUCUGCCUGCCAUGUUUUUUGGUGGCUAGAAGGGAUUUGCAUUCAGGCUAACUGCAGCAGGCCCCAGAGCUGCCGGGCUUUUAGGACAGACUCUUCCAAUUCUAUGCUGGUGUUUUUAAAACCAUUUCAAACCGAACAUGGCUUGGGCUUUCCACCUGAAGAUGAUGUACCACAUCUUCUGGGGCUAGGUUGGAGCAGGUCAUCUUGGAGGAGGCAGAGCCCACCCAGAGCACCAUUCACACCUGCUGUAUCUUCCAGUGUCCAGCAGAGCUUAAUCAGGAAGCUUCAGAAGAGAGAUAGUUCCAUUGAAGAAGUAGUUACCACACCUGUAGUCACACAGCAUUUCAUAAAGAAUGACUCCAAGGAAGUAGGUGAUCUGAUUACCAGUGACUCUGAAGAGGCCCUCAAGGCAGCUACAAUUUCCAGUCCCUUGACUGUGGACCUGACUGCAGAGAUUCCUGAUUGGCCAAAGAAUGCAUCAGUUCAGCCUGAGCCUUCAGAAGAUCCUAGUGCCACACCCAGCACCGAGCAAGUAAAAAGUCCUGUGAAAAUCCAGAUUGCUACCUCUCUACCAGUGGCUCCCUCCUACAAUUAUGCUACCCCUACCCCACGGGCCUCUUCCCAGAGCACAUCAACACCAGUUGUAAAAGAACUGGUAGUAUCGGCUGGUGAGAGUGUUCAGAUGACCCUGCCUAAGAAUGAAGUUCAAUUAAAUGCAUAUGUUCUCCAAGAACCACUUGAAGGAGAAACCUACACCUUCAACUGGCAGCUGAUUACUCAUCCUAGAGACUACAGUGGAGAAAUGGAAGGGAAACACUCCCAGAUCCUCAAAUUAUCCAAGCUCACUCAAGGGCUGUAUGAAUUCAAAGUGAUUGUAGAUGGUCAAAAUGCCCAUGGUGAAGGCUAUGUGAAUGUGACAGUAAAGCCAGAGCCCCGUAAGAACCGGCCUCCUGUUGCCAUUGUGUCACCACAGUUUCAGAAAAUCUCCCUGCCAACCACUUCCACAGUCAUCGAUGGCAGCCAAAGCACCGAUGAUGAUAAAAUCGUCCAGUACCACUGGGAGGAACUUAAGGGACCUCUGAGGGAAGAGAAGAUUUCUGAAGAUACAGCCAUAUUAAAACUAAGUAAACUUGUCCCUGGGAACUACACUUUCAGCUUGACUGUAGUCGACUCAGAUGGGGCUGCCAACUCUACUACUGCGAGCCUGACAGUGAAUAAGGCUGUGGAUUACCCUCCUGUGGCCAACGCAGGCCCCAACCAAGUCAUCACCCUACCCCAAAACUCCAUCACUCUCUUUGGGAACCAGAGCACUGAUGAUCAUGGCAUCAGCAGCUAUGAGUGGUCCCUCAGCCCAAGCAGCAAAGGAAAAGUGGUGGAGAUGCAGGGAGUUAGAACACCAACUCUGCAGCUCUCGGCAAUGCAAGAAGGAGACUACACCUACCAGCUCACGGUGACUGACACAAUAGGACAACAGGCCACAACUCAAGUGACUGUUAUUGUGCAGCCUGAAAAUAACAAGCCGCCUCAGGCAGAUGCAGGCCCUGAUAAGGAGCUGACCCUCCCCGUGGACAGUACAACCCUGGAUGGCAGCAAAAGCUCCGAUGAUCAGAAAAUUAUCUCCUAUCUCUGGGAAAAAACACAGGGACCCGAGGGGGUGCGGCUGGAGAAUGCUAACAGCAGUGUUGCCACGGUGACCGGGCUGCAGGGGGGAGCCUAUGUGUUCACCUUGACUGUCAAAGAUGAGAGGAACCUGCAAAGCCAGAGCUCCGUGAACGUCAUUGUCAGAGAAGAAAUGAACAAACCACCGGUAGCCAAGAUUACAGGGAGCGUCAUGGUUACCUUGCCCACGAGCACAGCAGAGCUGGAUGGCACCAGGUCCUCAGAUGACAAAGGAGUCAUCAGCUACCGCUGGACUCGAGAUGAUGGGAGCCCAGCAGCCGGGGAGGUGUUAAACCACUCUGACCAUCACCCCAUCCUCUUCCUUUCCAACCUGGUGGAGGGAACCUACACAUUUCACCUGAAAGUGACGGAUGUAAAGGGGGAGAGCGACACAGACCGGGCCACUGUGGAGGUGAAACCUGAUCCCAGGAAAGACAACCUGGUGGAGAUCAUCUUGGAUGUCAACGUCAGCCAGCUAACUGAGAGGCUGAAGGGGAUGUUCAUCCGCCAGAUUGGGGUCCUCCUGGGGGUGCUGGAUUCCGACAUCAUUGUGCAAAAGAUUCAGCCAUACACGGAGCAGAGCACCAAGAUGGUCUUUUUUGUUCAAAACGAGCCUCCCCACCAGCUCUUCAAGGGCCACGAGGUGGCAGCACUGCUCAAAAGUGAGCUGCGGAAGCAAAAGGCAGACUUUCUGAUCUUCCGAGCCCUGGAAAUCAACACUGUUGCAUGUCAGCUGACUUGCUCGGACCAUGGUCACUGUGACUCAUUCACCAAGCGCUGUGUCUGCGACCCUUUUUGGAUGGAGAAUUUCAUCAAGGUGCAGCUAAGGGACGGAGACAGCAACUGUGAAUGGAGCGUGUUGUAUGUUAUCAUCGCUUCCUUUGUCAUUGUUGUUGCCAUGGGAAUCCUGUCUUGGACUGUCAUCUGUUGUUGUAAAAGGCAAAAAGGAAAACCCAAGAGGAAAAGCAGGUACAAGGUCCUGGAUGCCACUGACCAGGAAAGCCUGGAGCUGAAGCCCACGUCCCGCUCAGGCCUCAAGCAGAAAGGCCCUGUGUUGAGCAGCAGCCUGAUGCACUCCGAGUCAGAGCUGGACAGCGAUGACGCCAUCUUCACGUGGCCAGACCGAGAGAAGGGCAAACUGCUGCAUGGUCAGAAUGGCUCUGUGCCCAACGGGCAGGCCCCGCUGAAGGCCAGAAACCCCCGGGAGGAGAUCUUGUAGCCAGCUCUUCCGACUCCUCGGCGUGGGUGGGCAGUGCCAGGGCCAGAGCACAGCCAGGCUGGUCUGUGAGCCCUCUUGGGUCUGCGGGUGGCUGCUCUCCCAGCACCGGUGGUCUCACCACCCUCACACCCAACCAGAACCUCUGAUACUUGAGUCAGACCUUCUCCAGGACCCAGUGAGCAAGCUGUGAAUGAAGUUUCCUCUGCAAACCUGACCUAGAGGCCUCCCAAAGCGGCUCACCUCAGGACCUCCUGCUCUGCAAGCGCCUUCCCGCCCCAGCAGGCUCCUGGCCUCCUCCACCUCUUGCAAGAGCAAGAGCACCCCCAAAGUGGGCAGCCUGACUGGGACACUGGGAAGUUCUGCCAAGAGCUGCCCCUAAUACCUGCACCGGGGAUGCAGCACCAAGGACUACCAGCGCCAGGUGCGCAGAGGGCCUAUGCUUUGCUGUCCUCUGGCCCCGAGGACGCGGGCAUCCCCUCCGCUCCCCACGGACAAGGUGGUACAGAUCCCGUUUCUGGACCCUAGAGCCCCACUCCCUUUUCUGUUGGCCAGGGGUGGAUGGGCGGCUGGCGUUUCAGGGAUGCAGAGGAGCGGAGGUGGCCUGUGGAGUCAGAGCAGCUGGCUGGACACACUGCCGUCCUCCUCUUUCUCGGCCCCUCACUGCUGCUGUAGGGCUCGGCCACCACUCCUGGUCCCCAGCGGGGGCAACCACGGGCUGACUGGAAUAUGUGGCAUGUGAGUGCAUGUGUGUGAUUGCCCCACUGUGGUCCCGGCACCUCGUCUUCUCUCGGGUCCCUGCAUGCGUGUGUCUGUGUGGGUGUGCGCGCUCAGCCCUCAGGAGGGCUCCGGGCCACGUCCAAGGCACCCUCCACUUGGAAAGACUUCCUUCCACCUGCCCUCCACCAGGGCCUCUGCUGAAGAGGAACCGGAGCGUUGGCGGGGAGAGACUUUUAAAAAGAGACUUUAUACUGCUACACUGCUGUCUGUUGUGAGAUGAUUAAAUCUGCUAUUUAAUUGUA